GGGAGGGGGAGGGGGGCGUGUCGUGGCGCACGCGUGCCUCAUGAAGCCCGACCUGGUGACAUCUCCCCAUAUCUCCCCAUAUCUCCCUCUUGAGGCCCGACCUGGCGCAGACAGCGCCCCGCCUCCCCUAGCCUUGGCGAGGGCUCCUGCUCACGCCUCCUCACGCCUGCUCAUGCCUCCCUCGCGUGAGCAGGUGCGGAUGUACCUCCGCCACACGGCCAUGUCUCCGUCGGGCGGUGCCUUGGGCGAGGGGGCGGCAGGCGAAGAGGUCUACCGGCUGGCGGCGCACCCGCUCGUCGAGCACGCGCUGAGCGGCGGGCAGGCGACUCUGCUGACUUACGGCCAGACCGGCUCCGGCAAGACCUACACCAUCGAGCAGGUCUUCUCUCUCGCCUCCCCCCUCCUCGCCGCCCGGGCGCGCCACGGCGCGCGCGGCUCCGCAGCGCCACUCCGCGUCUCGGCGGUGGAGGUGCUUGGCCGGCGCUGCGUCGACCUCCUCUCGGGCUCGCCCUGCCAGCCGCUGGCUGCGGCGGAGGGCGGCAUCGAGCUGAAGGGGGCGACGCUGCGGCAGGCGACCGGCGCAAACGCGACGUCGUCUCGCUCGCACAUGGCGCGUCUCGAGCGUGCCCACAGCCCCGCCCGCCCUCCUCCCCCUCCGGGGGCGACGGAGGCGGGAGCGGCAGCCUUAGAUGGUGGGGCGGGCUUUGGUGUGUGCUCCGUCGCUCAGCUGCAUCCACACAAAAGCACCGUCUUCGCUGUGCACGAGCGGCAGCGGGAAGGCGCGGAGAUCAACACGUCGCUGCACGCGCUCAAGAAUUGCGUGCGCGCCUUCGCCGAGCGAGCGCGGAGCGGCCGCGCGGCGCGCAUGCCGUUUCGCGACGCGCUGCUCACCAGGAGAGCAGUCAGUCGUAGCGGAGAGGUGGUGGCGGAGAGGUGGUGGCUGAGAGGCGACUCCUGCCAGCUGGCUGUGCUCGGCUGUGUCUCGCCCGCGUCCGCCGCUACGGAGCACUCGCUGUCGACGCUGCGGACGGUGAUGGAGCUGGCGGGCGGCGGCGAGGGGCGGAGCGAGGCCGCCGCCCGGGGGAGCUUGGUUCGGGUGCUCGUGCUAGCGCCCCCCGUCGUGCUGGGCGUUGACAACUGCGGUGGCUAG